CAAAAAUGUCAAGUCUGUCAAAAUUCACGGAACACCACGGCAUCAUCCAUCAUCAAGUAUUUCUGAAAAACAUCUUCGUAUUACACUAAUUCUGAGUUUAGUGCUUGUGUUUCAUAAAUAAAUAUCUAAUAUUCAAAAUGGCAGAAACUAUGAAACAGACGGUUGCAAGUAUACUAAGAAGUAUUGAAAGGUAUAACCCCGCCAAUCUUCAGACACUGGAGCGAUAUGUAGAAAUGCAGUCACGUGAGAAUACCUACGACUUGGAAGCAAACUUGGCAGUCUUGAAGCUGUACCAGUUUAACCCGGAGAAAUUCAACCCAGAUAUUACCUGCCAGAUCCUUUUGAAAGCACUGACCAACUUCCCACAUACUGAUUUCACCCUUUGCAAGUGCUUGUUGCUUGAAUCUGUAGUUGAAAACGAGACUAUUUCUCAGAUAAAAUACUUGGCAGAUAUCCUUGAGCAGUGUGACUUUGCUCAGUUCUGGAACCGCGUGCAUCAAAUGCCCGAGCUGUGCAGCCGCAUCAGUGGGUUCCAUGAUUCAAUACGCAAGUUCGUGUGCCACGUAGUUGGAAUCACCUUCCAGACCAUCGACAAAAACAAUCUUGCCAACCUUUUGGGAGGAAUUGAUGAUGUCACACUAAAGCACUGGGUAAAGAAAUAUGGCUGGAAAGACGAAGGAAACCUAAUCUUCAUUGCCAACCAGGACGAAAAUAUUAAGACUAAGAACAUCACGGAGAAGAUUGAGUUUGAGCACUUAGCUCCUCUUAUGGCACUCUUGUAGUUUUACAGUUAUAUUUUUACAAUAAAUUUUGUGCUAUCUACAUAA